AAUUAACAAGCCAAACGCACAGGUGCGGUGACAGAGGAAACCGUCCUAGAGUAGCAGCAGCAUGUCCUCGCCCACCUACACGGACGUCUUUCAGUGCGAAGAUUGUACCUCUGAGCAGUCCCCGGACUCUAAACACCCAUUCACUACUGAUGACGGAUUGAAUGAUAGUUUGGACGGGAGCUCUGCAGACUUGACUGAUGUGUUUGAGGAGGAGUGCUUGGAGGGGGAUGCUUGGAGUCCACCAGUUGCUGAACUGAGGCAGAAUAUAACUGCUCAGUUGGAGAAUUAUCUGUCUAAUGAAAAUCUGGCUGAGGAUGCCUUCUUGUUAAAACAUGUGCAAAGGAACAAGAUGGGCUAUGUAAGCCUCAAGUUGCUAACAUCCUUCAAAAAGAUCCGGGAGUUGACACGUGACUGGCGCACAACUCUGGCUGCUGCCCGCACCUCUGAGAAAUUGGAGGUAAAUGAGGAGGGAACCAAAGUACGAAGGAAAACUCCUGUGCCUGACUGGCUUCUGUGCAUCCCCACAAGCAAACUGCUGCUGGCAUGGAAUUUGCUAGACAGUUCCACCGAAGAAGAGGAGAACGCAUCCCCUGGCCUGGAGCAGCAGGACCUCAUGGAGAUAGCCAUGCGAAUUUUCAACGUCCAUGGCACCAUCUCCUCCCUCAGGAUCCUUCGUCCAGGAAAGGAGUUGCCAGUGGAGCUGAAAAGGUUUGCCAAGAAGCACACCGAGCUGGGCCGUAAGCUCUGCACCGUGGUGGAGUAUGAGUAUCUGGAUGGAGCACGUAGGGCUUACAAGGCCCUGCAGUCUGAGGAGCAGCAGCAGCAGCAGGGACGCAAAGGUGUACGAGUUGUGCUUCUGGGCAGCCGUGGCACGCGUAAGCCCACCUCCGUCCAGGACGGCGCUGAGGAAUCCUCUGAGGAAUGUGUGAAGGACGUCUGUAGCAAAAAGCCAAGCCGCAAGACCAAGCGCUACCCCUACACUCUGGAGGACUCGGUGCUCUACAGCUCCUCAGAGUCUGACUUUGCCCCACCCUCGCCCCGUCCGAACCGGAGGGUCACCCGUCCACAGGCCCUGUACGGCAGUCCACUUGCCAUUCCUCGAGUGUCCUCUUGCCGGAGUGACCCCUACAGGGAGCCCCUGUGUAGUCCCAUUGGCAGCCCCCUUGUGCCACGCAAGCUGUUUUCCAAUAACCAUGGCACUUCUCCACUGGCCACACCACAAUUUGUCAGCACUCCUAACUCCAACAACAGUUCCUCCUUCAGCAGGAUCAAGUGUUCUGGGGAUUAUUCACAGGAUAGUGCUGCUUUUGUGGGAAGCCCGUGGGUGCAGCGGCGAAAAACUGCCGCUCAGGCCUUCUUCCCGGACAAGAGCUGCUCCAUGUCACCUGGGCAGCUGAAGAAAUCCAUCAGCUUUGUGGAAGUGCUGCGUCAGCCAAUUGGCCCUGAUGGUACCAAAGGUUUCUACAACUGCAUUGGAAGAGGGAAGCUACUUCUGCGAUAGUAAUUUGGAUCUGUGCUGUGUAAUGCACUGUCUGGAAGGGCAGUUCCCAAGCACUUUUAAACCACAGAUCGAUCAUCAAAUUAUUUUGUAUGUGUGACGUCUUGUCAACUAGAAAAAUCACUUUGUGGAUGGAGGGGGAAAAAAAGUUUUGUAUUGAAUAAAUAAAAACCUUAACUUUGUACUCAA